AGUUUGAUUUUAAAAUUAUUGAUAUUAAUUAAUUUUGACGGUCAAAUAUCAUAACUUAAGUAACGCGUUUAAAUCCGGUAGUGAUGUCUCCAACCUGCUUCCCGAAGAUCCAACUAGCAUCAGGUAAAAAUAUGACAACAUAGCACAAUCUAAUCCAGAAAUAAAUAAUUCAAUACAGAAUAGCAAAAAAUGAGCAACCACACAUCGCGGACUGGUUACUAGAACCGCCUCUCAAACGAGAGGGAACGAGAUGGAUAUAUUGUACCAUUUCGUAUCGAAGCUACGUCUUUAAAUUACACGUUCUCAUAGCCUUGUAGCCGACACAAUUGCGUACAAAGCGCACAAACAUCCAUAUAAACUCAUUGAAUUGUAAGCCGUAUUGUAAACCAGCAAAGCUUAUAUUCAAAUAAACUAUAUUGCACUUACGACGUUACGCAGCCAAGGCGAAAUUUAGUAACGGGGGGUGUUGGACAUGGACACCAAAAUCGGGUUUAGAAUUUCAGUACGGUUUGAGAUAGCUACGGGGAGCUUUGUUAGUCCGAAUGUUGACGAUUUUUUUUACGCUAUCGUAACAAAUUUAAGUUGAAACCGGUUUUUUUGUGUGUGACGAUAUUUUAAAGUGCGCUGUUUUAGGUAAGUGUGGUGAAAUUGAACUGGUGUGGAACUGGGCAUGUUUUUUGAUGCAUGCGAUGGUUGCAAAUGAGUUAAUUUAUCGAAUGCGGGAAUGCAGACAUUAAGAAUUGAGUUUUUUAGCAUUUCCUUUGAGAUUAAAAGCUUUUGACUGUGUAAAGAAUAAAAAAAAAUCUUAAUAUUUAACAGCGACAAAAAAGUAAUGUGUGCAAUCAGUGAGUGGACGUAGAAAAAUUGUGCCAAACCAAUAUGCCGCGAACUGUGCCCCGCGCAAAAGACUGUCAAAGUGACAUUGACGUUUGUGUGAUCGGAAUGUAAUCAGCAUGGUGACAUUGAUGCCGUGUAGCUACCUCAGCGGCGGGUCCCCGCGAUGCAGUUUGGAAACAGAGCCCAAGACGAAACGACCAAGAUCGGAUACAGGCACAGAUGUUAGAUUACAAAGCGAAGCGGCUAGUCCUGGAUCAGAAUCCACAUCAGACUCACCACCAUCCUUGCUCCAGGAUGCAAACCUUCCCGCACUGCUAGCCACCACCUACCCCAACACAUCCACCAGCUCGCUAACCGGUGACGUCCUAGGCUUGUCUGACGUGGAGAAUCUCAACGGAUGCCCGAGCACAUUGCCACUCCCAUUGACCUCAACUGGCCUUUCCACCUCCACGUCUGCUGUCGCUUGGUUGAUGAAUGAAGAUAGCACGGGUGGUGGUGUGAAGAGCGAAGUCCGAAGUCCAGGGCUUUGUGACGCGGACGUCGCCUUGUACGGGGAGGCUCUGCCGUACGACCAGUCCGCGUUGUCUUAUCAGUAUUAUAAUAGUAUGCAACAAUAUGGCGGUGGAGGCGCUGCAUCAUCGUACGUCAGUUCGUCCUUGUACAACCAGCCCUAUGGCGCUUACCCAACUGCGCACAAUUCUAAUAAUAGGCCGUCGUGCAAAGCGACGCCAACGUACCUAAGUGCUUACGGCGUGGGCGGUGUCGGUACAGUGCCAAGCACCGGUUUCGGAACCCAACCAUCACCCUAUGCUUAUUCUUCGUAUAACAGCGGACUGGCUCAGUCUUUUUCAAAUACCCAACAGGACUACGGAAGUUACGCAACCGGCUAUGCAGAUCACAGCGUUGCCCAAUAUGGCGGGUACUACGCAACCCCUAGUUAUUCACCCUACGUUAGUUCACCAAGCAGCAGCGGUAGCGCUGGACACACGUCUUAUCACCUCGGUGGUACUUUAGCAGAUUCACCGUCAACAAUGCUUCCAUCAAUUAAUGACACACCUCUAUCACCAAUCAAAAAUGAAAUACAUGCUGCCAGUAGAAGGUGUAGAGAAAACUCAGGAGAAAGCACAGCAUCAAGGUCUCGUGGGCGAGGUAGAAGAAAUACAUCAUCAUCACCUGCCCAACAUGUUCCCGAGCCAACUACUGAAAGAGUAUUUAUCUGGGAUCUUGACGAAACAAUUAUCAUAUUCCACUCUCUGCUAACUGGGACAUAUGCUACGAAGUACAAUAAGGACACGCAGCAAAUAGUACAACUGGGAUUCAGAAUGGAGGAAAUGAUAUUCAGUCUAGCUGACACACAUUUCUUCUUUAAUGAUGUUGAGGACUGUGACCAGGAGCACAUAGAUGCAGUGGCAGCAGAUGACAAUGGCCAGGACUUAUCUGCCUACAACUUUGCAUCUGAUGGUUUUCAUGCAGGGGCAGCACCUAAUGCAGGCUUAUGCGCCCCUGGUGUCAGAGGCGGAGUAGAUUGGAUGAGAAAGUUAGCGUUUCGAUACCGAAAAAUUAAGGAUACAUACAAUAAUUAUAGGAAUAGUGUGGGUGGCUUACUUGGACCAGCGAAACGUGAGCAGUGGUUACAAUUGCGAGCAGAACUGGAGCAGGGUACAGAUAACUGGUUGACGUUGGCCUGCAAAUGCCUUAACAUGAUCAAUUCUAGAGAAAACUGCGUAAAUGUUUUGGUGACGACAACGCAACUAGUACCAGCGUUGGCCAAGGUGUUGCUGUUCGGUCUCGGAGGAGUGUUUCCUAUCGAAAAUAUAUAUUCCGCUACUAAGACAGGCAAGGAAACAUGCUUCGAGAAGAUUAAGCAGCGUUUUGGAGAAAGGUGUACCUAUGUCGUAAUAGGAGACGGACAAGACGAAGAGGCUGCGGCUAAAGCUAAGAAUUAUCCCUUUUGGCGGAUAUCCGGACACUCGGACAUAGCGGCUCUAUACAACGCAUUGGAUAUGGGCUUCUUAUGAUCUGCUGUUACCCUGGUACAUGGAAUUUUGUAUAUAAACACUAUCCUGCCGUGGAUUCGUUUUUCGAGUAUUAUUUUAAUGUGGCAAAGAACUCCAGAUUUAUUAAAAAUUGUAGGAUAAUGUUGGUGGUCCUCCUCGCAUUCCCCCGGGGCUCUACUUUGGACAUACACUUCUUAUGACGUACUGAUAACCUGGUAUUUGAAAGUACAAGUUGUUUGAAAGUCUUCUAAAUUUUUACUUUUGAGCGUUAUUUAUUUAUUUCAUUUACAAUGCAAAUGUUAUUCAGAUAGAUUCAACUCAGUGGAAUUUCAGGGAUUUUAUAAAUUAAUAUAGAAAAUAACUAAAUCGUUUAUAUAAUAAAUAAUUCAUUUUUAUUGUAUUUAAGAUCGUAAUCUGGGCCUAAAGUUAGCAAAUAGUUUUUCUAACUUUCGUGUUUUUUACCCUUCCUUAUCUCUGAACAUAUUUUUAUUCUAGACUCACAGUAUGAACUCUGACAAUAGUAUAAAUAAGUUAACAAUUAAGCUUAAGAAAGCGGACCGUUAAGUUAACGAUCAAAAGUUUUAUUUAUUUGUCAUUCAAGUGGCUUUGACUAAUCGACGUUGAAACAUAUCUUAAAGUACAUAAAUAUUUCAUUUCGACCUUUGCGGAGCUGGGGUCAAAGGCCAAAAAACCUCGCUUCAUAGGUUUUUAAUAUUUUUUUCUUAAGAAAAUUCUCGAUUUUUUACAGUAUGUAACAAAAAUCGCGUUCAUUUCAAAAUUAAAACGCACACAAAUAUAACAAUACUCCAGCGACUUCUUACGUCCUGGUAAUAUAUUCGAAUUGAAACAUAUCUCUUCGUAAUUUCUGCGUUAAUAAAAUCAACAACACGUAAUUAGUACGGCCCGUAUUUGUAAAGUAUAAUUUUAGUACAUAUAUAAAAAGAGUUUUGUUACAUAUUUGUAUUGUUCCACCGGCUCCCACAUUGAAAGCUCAAAAGCAGCUCAAAGUCCUUUUGUAAAUAGAUGUAGAUUCUCUAGGUAACCAUUCCUACGUUUUUUAUAUAAGUAUAUGUACAGAAUUAUUUUUAGUGAAACUUUUUAGAGAAUUAUAUUCUGUGGACCGCCGCUUUUAUUAUUUAUUAGCACAAGAUUUUUUCUACACUUGAUUUUUUAUCCGAUGUCAAAGAUCCCGUCAUAAAAAACCUGGUCUGAUAAAUCUGAAAGAUUCCGGACGGUUUUUAAACGAUUGUUUAAAAAUUUUGAAACAUCUUUAUGUUCACUUAUAAGCCCUUGAAUUCAGCCGCCAUUUUGAAUUAAGCUAUUUAUCAAACAUAGGAUUUUUUGUGACGGAAUCUAUUAAUUUGUGCUAAACUAUCCAAAUUCUGUAUAUGUAUAAGUACGAACCACUAACACCAUUUUUCAUAAAAAAAAUAUCUUUUUUAUAGAGCACAUUCACACCUUAUUGGAUUUAAAGAGACAAAUCUGCAGUACUUUAGUAAAAACAGCAUUUUUUAUGAAUAACGGAGUUAUUUUGUAGACUAGCACAAUAUCGCAAUAAGUUAACACUGGCUGAAAAAUGAAAGAUUACAAAUGAAAGUAAAUAUACUACAAAAUAUAUUUUAAUUGUAAAAACAGUACAAUUUAUUUUCCAGUCUUGUAUGAUUUUGGCUGAUACGAUUCUAGCAAUAUUCGUAAUGUUUUAGUAAAUUUUAUUAUAAAUGUAAAUACAAUUAUGCGUAAUUAUACUGAAAUCGUUACAGAAUUAUUCAAAUGUGAAUAAAUAUAUUA